CAGCACUUUCCUGCACAGAAGACCGAUACCAGGGUUACCCCGCCCACCUAUGUGGUCAUACUGUGUCCAAAGUGUCAAUGAGCAAAUGAGUCUGGACAGCGGAGAGGGGGUUAUCAGAGCACACUGGGAAGUGAGCAGAACUUCUCCGAGACAAGACAUCAAUGAAAACAGAAAGAAAGGUAUCAAAGUGUCUCCAUUAAAUGCGCGUUUUGAUUUAAAAACUGUAAAAAGUGAUGUCUUAAUCUCGACGUUAAAGUGUGACCCGGACAAAGUCGUGCGUAAAAGUUCAUUUUUCCUUCAAAAGUCAUGCGCAGCUUCUCCGAGCCGUGCGUCCCCGGCAGGGUACCACACGCCUUUCCAUCAAGAGCAGGAGAUGCGACCCUUCACUCGGACAUUUACACAGGACCCUCGCUGUUCUUGUCCUCACGGGGAUCCUCGGAUCUCAGUGUGAUAGCAGACCCGAUGAGUCACAAGUCGCCACCAGGGCAGACUCCGGCUCUGCGCAGGCCUGACAAAACUUUGGAGGGAGAUGAAAUGUCAGAAGAUGAGCCCAAAGUUUAUCUGGAAGACAGCGACCUUUGGAGACAGUUCCAUAGCUGUGGGACGGAAAUGGUCAUAACUAAAUCUGGGAGGCGCAUGUUCCCGCCGCUCAGAGCCAGGUGCACAGCGAUGGACAGGAAAGCCAAAUAUAUUCUUCUGAUGGACAUCGUGGCAGCUGAUGACUGCAGAUACAAGUUUCAUAACUCCCGCUGGAUGGUGGCAGGGAAGGCGGAUCCUGAGAUGCCCAAGCGCAUGUACAUCCACCCGGACAGCCCGGCCACGGGCGAGCAGUGGAUGUCCAAAGUGGUCAACUUUCACAAACUGAAACUGACCAACAACAUAUCUGACAAGCAUGGGUUUACAAUUCUCAACUCGAUGCACAAAUACCAGCCAAGGUUUCAUGUAGUGAAGGCAAAUGACAUCCUGAAACUGCCCUACAGCACCUUCAGGACAUACGUCUUCUCUGAGACUGAGUUCAUCGCUGUAACAGCUUAUCAAAAUGAUAUGAUCACGCAGCUGAAAAUAGACAACAAUCCUUUCGCGAAGGGAUUCAGAGACACGGGCAAUGGAAGGAGAGAAAAGAGGAAACUACAACAUUCACCGAUAAAGUCAGAAGAGAUGCUGAUGACUGACGGGGUUUCCAAACCUGUACUGGACUCACCUUCACACUGUUACGACUCCAAAUCCUCAGAUUCUCAUGAAAGUGUUGUUGACAAAGACAGUCCUGAACAACAGGUGCUCCAAACCCACCAGGAAACAAGACCCACGUCGAAGGUUUCACACGCAGGAAGAGCGGCGCAAAGUCACUUCAACACAGAGACAGAAACGGACCCCCCUACACUAACUGAUGCAGGGGAGCCACAAGACUCCGUACAGGAUCAAUACCUCAAAUUAUCCAGCGGUUUAUCCCAAAGCUGUGUUUAUCCACUGGAAUCACACAGACACCUGCAGGAUCAGAGUUCCCCCAAGAGCCUUCUCCACUCUGCUCAGGUGAACUCCUGGAACAGCUGUGCUGCCAUUGACAAAGCACUGUUGUGUGGACUGAGCCUGACAGCACCUGUAAGGAGUCCUGGGUCUCUGGGGUUUCCCUUCAGCCUUCCACACCAUCGUGUGGUCCAGGACCUGAUGAGAUUUUCACAGUUUGAAGGCUUCCUGUUGUAUCCCUACUCGAGCUUUGCUGCAGCAUCAUCACCGUACCUCGCCCCACCUGUGCAGACCGGCCUGGAAUUCAGAGCCUGCUCAGGUGUCCACAGCAGGGAUUGCUUCACCUCUCCUGUGAUAUCUUCUGUUCCUUCGGUGGCUGGUGUUGGAUUGAAAUAUUUCUCCCCUGAUUUGCUGAUUUUACCCAAAGCAGACCAAAAGAAUACAGUGAACCAAGCUGACGCAGACUGCAGUAAGAAAGAGUGAAAUAGUGGCUUAUGACUGCUGCCUUAAAGUGCUGCAUGUAGUCUGCUGUCUCACCUACAGACUGUGAAGGCUGUUCUUCAGAGAGAAUGACACAAAGUUAAUGAAAAGUCUUAUUUAUCUGCAACGCAUUGCGUACAUGACUGAGGACUGAAUCACUCUGGUGCAAAGAGCUUUUUAUUUAAAUCCACGAAACAAAGUUAGGAAUUGUGAUUAAGCUAAAAUGAUACCAAGCUUGGUAAAUAAUGAGGGCGCUAAACAAUGCCUCAGACAAUAUCUUAUCAUUGAAGCCAGAAACAGAAAACACUAAGAUGUGUGAUUUCUGAAAGAAGUGAAUUGUGUAAAUAAAACCUUCAUCUUUU